GUGGCUGGAGGAAAGGAAAAGCAAAGAGGACUGACCUCUCACUGUAGCAUUUCAGCUGUUUGUCAUCUCUUUUCCUAGCGUGGAUUGAUCACAACAAUAUCUGCUCUGAGGGGGCAGAGAGAGGAGACGGAGGAGGGGAAAAAAGCAGUAAACCUUGGCUCAAUUGAGAAAAAAGCAUCUGUGAGUGUGUGUGAGAGAGAGAGUAGAGGAGAGAGAAAAGGUAAGGGAGAGGAGGAGUGAGGCACCCUGUUCUUCCAAGCAAAGCAACCAGAAGAAAACAGAAAAAAAGAAGAAGGGAGCAUUAAAAGUAGAAGAAGGAGGAAGAAGAGUUGUCCCGACAUGGGGCUGUGUGCUGUUUUCCUCAUCUGUCUUUCCCAGGCAGAGUUGGGUAGAGUCUGGGCUCAAGAGCACAAAGGUGUGCUGAGCUGGACAGCUCUGAGGACAGAUGGAGAUGGAUCCAGGUUUCACAGAACCAGGAGGGACCAGCAGAACCACAGAGAAACAGCACAGACAGGAGGAGGUAAGGUACUGGAUAUCAGUACCUUACCAGACAACGUGACCUACAUAGUGGACUCCCAGAAAUACUAUAGAUGGCAGAGUUUUGGUCCAGCAGACAGAAAAACUGAAAGCUUGUGGGUUGAGCUGAACUUUAUGCACAAAAGUCAAGUGAGAAUCCAUGGCCUCCUGUCCAACGCGCACCGACAGGGAGCGAGAGUGGCGCUGUCUUUUGAUUUCCCUUUUUAUGGACACAACUUGAGACAAGUAAUUGUAGCAACAGGAGGGUUCCUCUUCAUGGGUGAGGUCACUCAUCGAAUGCUGACUGCAACACAAUACAUUGCUCCCCUCAUGGCCAACUUUGACCCCAGCUUCUCCAAGAACUCAACAGUCAGGUACAUGGACAAUGGCAAUCUGUUCGUGGUGCAGUGGGACAACGUGCGACUAAAGGACCGAGAGGAUGAAGGGGCUUUCACUUUCCAGCUAGUCCUCCACAGCAAUGGGACUAUUGUUUUCAACUACAAGGAUGUUCCCAUGCUGGUGGAGAAGAUGAAUUCUACAGACCAUCCGGUUAAAGUUGGACUCUCUGAUGCUUUCAUGGCAUUAAUCCCAGCUUCACAGCUCCCAGAUGCACGGCGGCGUACCAUCUAUGAAUACCAUCGUGUUGAGAUCAACAUCACAAGGAUAGUGAAUGGGUCUGCGUUCGAGUUUACACCUCUACCCACUUGUCUUCAGCACACUUCCUGUGAUCUCUGCAUGACGUCCAACCUGACAAGUGGCUGCGGCUGGUGCAACACUCUCCAACGAUGUUCUGACGGUAUUGAUCGGCACAGACAUGAAUGGUUGGAUUACAACUGCCCCGAGGAGUCUAAAGGCAGAUGUGAGGACUACGACCCUGUGCUUCCGGAGGGAUCGAUGAGCUCCUACAACCACUCAUCAGCAGGCCCAACACCAUCCACAGCCGACAUCGAAGAGCAGCUGGUAACUAGAGAUUUACAGACGAUUGCUCCGACCCACAGAGGGAUAACAGAGAACGCAGCCAUCAUAGCGGGUGUUGUUGCUGCAUUAGUUCUGCUCGUAACAUUGACCUUACUGGCUGUUUACUACAUCAACACACACCCAACGGUUGCUCCACCUUUCUACCUCAUGCAGAGACGCACAAAUAAUUACUGGCCCUCCAUGAAGUUUCGCAACCAGAGCUGUCACUCCAGCUAUGCUGAAGUGGAGCUCGGGGUUCAUGAGAAGGAAGGAUUCAUUGAAGCAGAGCCCUGCUGCUAAAUAUCCUGGACUUUUCAGAAAAGGGUCUUUUUUGAGGGUGCAAGGAGACUAAAAAGGAUGAAGUUGGCCAUUCAGGCAGAUUACAGACACAAGGUGUCCUCAUUCCAACCAACCUUUUGUGGAUGGAAAGUGUUUACUGUAACUGCUCUUCUAGGUCUUGCCUGCUUUUUCUGUGUAUUUUGCUGUUUGCCACCACACAGGAGUUUCGCCAUGUGAUCCUGGGGUUGGAGGGUCUGACAGGGUGAUGAUGAUGAUGUAUAAAGGAAGAACUUUCAAUGAAAGAAACUGUCAGGGAAUGAAUUGAACAAGCCUUCAAACUGCAAACGCGCGUACAGCUCAACUAUAUGUUUCUCUCAUCUUUUACUUUAAAGAGUUAUUUUUGUUCCAUGGAACUUCAAGUGUCGACUGGUUCAACGCUUUGUGGACGUAUCUACAAAAGAUAUCUAACUAUACGACUGAUAGUGAAUAUAAUGAUCAUCUUGGACUGCUUUGGAAAAAUAUAAUAUGACUGGAUUUUGGAGUAGUCAAGAGAUUUCUCUGAACAUUGUUAUUUCAAUGUCUUUUAAUAAAAGCUGACGAUCAAUGUGGA